AUGAUGAUCGCACAAGGUAUCAGAACUUCCACACAAGGCCUUCGUGCUCCCACACAAGGUCUAAGGACUUCCACACAAGGCCUUCGUGCUCCCACACAAGGUCUAAGAACUUCCACACAAGGCCUUCGUGCUCCCACACAAGGUCUAAGAACUUCCACACAAGGCCUUCGUGCUCCCACACAAGGUCUAAGAACUUCCACACAAGGCCUUCGCACUCCCACACAAGGUAUCAGAACUUCCACACAAGGCCUUCGUACUCCCACACAAGGCCUUCGUGCUCCCACACAAGGUCUAAAGACUUCCACACAAGGCCUUCGUCCUCCCACACAAGGUCUAAGGACUUCCACACGAGGCCUUCGUCCUCCCACACAAGGUCUAAGAACUUCGACACAAGGCCUUCGCACUCCCACACAAGGUAUCAGAACUUCCACACAAGACCUUUGCACUCCCACACAAGGUAUCAGAACUUCCACACAAGGCCUUCGCACUCCCACACAAGGUCCGAGAACUCCCACAAACGGCCUAAAGGACUCCCACUCAAUGUCUAAGGACUUCCAACACACAAGGUCAAAGGACUCUCACGCAGGGUCUCAGAACUCCCAAAAAAGGUCUGAUGACUUCCACUCAAUGUCUAAGGACCCCCACAAAAAAGUCCAAGGACUCUCACAUAAUGUCUAA